GCCCUUGGUGGUCGCUGCUGGGCAGUGGUGCCCUUGGCGUCUCGGGGUGACAGGAGCGAGGCGGAGAAGGAAGAGGAGGAGAAGGAGGAGAAGGAGGAGGAGAAGGCGGUGGAGGAGGAAGAGGAGGAGAAGAAGGAGGCGGAGAAGGAGGAGGAGGAGGCUGCGGGCAGCCGCUCCCAUGGCUGCCCUCCUGCGGGGCCCGGCCCGGGCGAUGCGCGUCGCGGCCUCGGCGGCUGGGGGAGGCGGCCGAGGCGAGUGGCUUACAGGGUUUGGCCUUGUCAGACGGAUGACUUCCAGCAUCCAAGAUGUGUUCACGCACAUUGAGAACAACCAGCAGCUGUUUGUCAAGAGGCUGGCUGAGUGGGUGUCUGUGCGCAGUGUGUCAAGCCAGCCUGAACUGCGCGGCGAAGUGUUGCGCAUGGUGCAGAUGACAGCACAGCACAUCGAGCGCCUAGGAGGAGCUGUGGAGAUGGUGGACAUUGGCACGGAGACGCUAGCAGAUGGCUCCAAGUUAGCUCUACCGCCAGUAAUUCUCGCAGAGAUUGGGAGGGAUCCGGCCAAGAAGACGGUUUGUGUGUAUGGCCACUUGGACGUCCAACCUGCCCAGCUUGAGGAUGGCUGGGAUAGUGACCCCUUCACGCUGACGCAUCGGAAUGGAAAGAUGUAUGGCCGUGGUGCAACGGAUGACAAGGGUCCUGUACUGUCUUGGCUGAACUGCAUUGAGUCGUUUCAAGCUGUCAGUAAGGCCCUGCCGGUGAAUGUGAAGCUGUGUUUGGAAGGCAUGGAAGAGUCGGGUUCCAUUGGGCUCGGUGAGCUGAUUGCUGAGCGGGGCAAAUCCUUCUUUGGAAACGUGGACUGCGUGUGCAUCUCCGACAGUUACUGGUUGGGAACGCAGACGCCGUGCCUCACAUUUGGCCUGCGGGGUCUCUGCUACUUUGAAAUUGAGGUCCAGUGUGCCCAGAAGGACCUCCAUUCAGGGGUUUACGGUGGCUCUGUACACGAGGCGAUGACAGAUCUCAUGCAGAUUCUGGCAUCGUUAGUGGACAGUAGUGGCAGGAUCCUGGUGCCAGGGAUCUAUGAAUCUGUGAAGCCGCUCUCGGAGAUGGAGGCACAGCUGUGCGCGAACGUGGACUUCAGUCCUGAGGAAUACCGGCUGGAAAUCGGGGCCACAACCCUCCAGCAACAUACCAAGGAGGACAUUUUAAAUCAUCGCUGGCACUUGCCAUCGCUCUCCAUCCAUGGCAUCGAGGGAGCAUUCUCGGAGCUCGGUCAGAAGACGGUCAUCCCCAGCCGCGUGGUGGGGAAGUUCUCAAUUCGGACCGUCCCAGAUAUGGAACCGGAUGAGGUAGAGAGGCAGGUGAAAGAUUAUGUCGCACAGACAUUUUAUGAGCUGCGAAGUCCUAAUCGCUUCCGGAUCACCAUGCCCGUGGGAUCGCAGGCUUGGGUGGCCGACUCCACCCACCCCAACUACACCGCCGGACGCAAUGCCAUGCGGAGGGUGUUUGGCGUCGAGCCAAACCUCAUCCGUGACGGGUGCAGCAUCCCGGUGACACUUGACUUCGCUCGCCACACUGCGCUUAAUGUGCUGCUACUCUCACUGGGUGCAUGUGACGACGGCGCCCACUCGCAGAAUGAGAAGUUCAAUCUCUCAAACUACAUGAACGGAAUGAAAGUGAUGGCGUCUUAUCUGGAGGAAUUAUCACUUGUUUUGCCAAAGGAAUGAAUUCUACUUUGCUUCAAACGUCCACCAGAAUUGGACAUCUUUUUACACACGUGCUUAUUCAAUCACAAUGUUAUAGAACACCUAAAUAUGGCUGUGGACCUUGUUGUGGUGGAGAGGCUUGUGUGCCCCAAAGCCCCUGAUAGCAAUGACGGUGGGAGCUUCUGGCCCCUGGCAGGUUUAACCAUACCGGAUAGGUUUCAGGCGAGAGGCCAGAUGAAGGCCAGCACAUUGGCCCUCCAGGUUGGGGGUUGGGCAUGGCACUAACAACAUCACCCCAUAAAAAAACUGAAUUUUGCAGAAAUGACAAUGAACAAAAUGAGUGACAUCAGGCCCUUAAUAGACUCGAGUGAUCGUACUGCCACUCGAGCCUCUCGAGUGGCAGUACGAUCACUCCUGAUGAAAGCCAACCGGAAACCAGGAGUGUGAAAGAGGGCCUAUUGGGGCCUAAAACCAAGGUCCACCUCCUUGGCGCAUGGAAUGUCAGAACCUUGUACGAGACCUCCAAGACCGCGGAAGUCCUCGGCGAGAUGAAGAAGCACAAUCUCGACAUCCUGGGGAUAAGGGAAUGUCGCUGGACCGGCUCUGGACCGUCUUGUGAUGAAUGACAGAUCGGUGGUGCUGUACUCAGGACAUGAGAACUAUACAUGGUGUUGCCAUGGCACUCUUAAGGAGAAAGCCAGAUCCUUACUGGAAUGGGAGCCAGUGCUUAGAAUGGAACACACCUUUAUUCAGCAACUUUGUUGAUUUCAGCAAAAUCUGAAAAUCAAUGUCCAAAUAUACAAGAGCAACGUCAAGUACAUCCUGCUAUAUGGCUCUGAAUGUUGGAGGAUCGUAAAAGCAGACGUGAAAAAGGAUGCGGCUUUCAACAAUGGAUGCCUCAUUUGCCGUAUAUUUUGGCCAAACAAAAUUUCCAAUCACGAAUUGUACUUGAGAAUCCGAAGCCGGAACAUCACAAAGGAGAUAUAACAACGAAGACUGCGAUGGCUGGGCCAUGUCCUAAGAUUAGAACAGAACCACAUGCCCUAAAAUGUACCUGAGAUGGACGCCUUCGGGCAAAAAAACCACCUGGCAAAGAACCGUCACCAAAGAGCUUGGUCAGAUGAACCUCUCAUGGAGAGAGUCACAGCAUGCAGCCAUGGACAGGAGAGAUGGAGAGAGUCACAGCAUGCAGCCAUGGACAGGAGAGAUGGAGAGAGCUCACUGUUGCUUCAUGUCCCAUAGGGGAUGAGUAAAUAAAACUUGUUUUGCAUGCAAAUUGUACUUUCUAACUAGGCAUUACUUGAGCACAACCCAGUUCUCCAAGUAAAUCCAAUGUUGAAGCUUUUUUGUGCCCAUUUGUGUUUAAGUGGGAAAAAGCCUACGAGAGUUAUACUUAUUACGAUUUGAAUUGUGUAUUUAAAUUCGCACUUAAGUAAUAUUUAAAAAUGUUUUUUUUUAAACACGCUUUAAUGAAAUGUACCGUACGAGUAAUGGCAGAACUCCACGACUCCAGCAAGUGGCCCCGAGGCUUGCCAUAACGUAAGGGGCCGUGUUGAUUUACAGCCAACGUGAGUUGAGCGUGGACAAUUAGACCCAAGGCGAAACAUAACAUAAAAAAGAUGGUUUCAAUUUUUAUUUUAUUUUUAAUGAUAGAAUAUAGUAUUGUCAUCAGUAUGACAUAAGUAUACCAAGUUUGCAGUCGAUACCAUAUUGGGAGGUGGGUUAAAAUUGAGUUACAAGAUUUGAGGAUACAACAAAAACAGAGUGAGUUAAUAGCGUGUAAAAAUGUUUAAAAUAUAUAUUUUAUGAUAGAAUAUAGUAUUGUCAUCAAUAUGACAUAAGUAUACGAAGUUUGCAGGCGAUACCACAAUAUUUGAGGAUGCGACAACGACAACAAUGGCAACAACAAACAAGAGUGAUUUAAAUAAAAGUGUAAAAAGAAGACGACUUACAAUUAAAGAUCCGAGUAUUUUUUUGGAA